UAUGUAACAUAUUGUUAGUCACUGGUAUAAAAUAAUAAUUUGCGUAAGAUAAAUCUCAGAAGCUGUAAUUCUAUCAAGUUGUCAAUAUGUUUCGUGUUUUUCUUCUUUUUCUCCUUUUAACAAUUACAACAGCUCAAGUAGAUCGACAGCCGACAGGUCUAGAAUGUGGUCCCAAUGAAGAAUUUACAACAUGUGGCUCUCACUGCCCUGAAAUAUGUAACGAUAAUCGGGCAGAUAUCGUCUGCAUUGCAAGUUGUCACAUUGGUUGUCAGUGUAAAUCAGGAUUUAUAAGACACGAUAAAACCUAUGCUUGCGUCUUGCCACAAGAUUGUUAAAAUAUUAUUUCGACAAUAAUUUGUAUAAAAUUCUCAUAAAAAAUAAAUUAAUUACGAAUGUUUUAAUUUA